CGUAUCCUUUCUUCUGCAAAGUGCCAGCUAAAAAGUGGUAACACACGUCCUCGCCAGUGUUCGAAUGUUUUCAGUGAUUGUGCGCAGCGCAGCUCAACGACGCGCCCUCCCUGCACUUCGUCACUUCUCAACACCCCCUUCAUCACCUCCCCAGAACCCCCCUCCUUCACCCCCGCCGUCACUCCCGAGUCUUGACUUCCAACCCGCGGAACCAGAACCAGAAAAGACCCAGCGCACGGGUGCAAAAUCAUCCAAGGACUCGCUUUCGAGUAUAGAGCGAAAACGUCAGUUUUUAGGACGUCUUUCUCUUGGUGUACUCGCGGUCGCCCUUGGUGUGCAAGUCGUGUAUCUUGGUAGAGAUUGGGAGGCGGAUGAGUUAAAGGAACGGAACCAGGCAGUGGAGGAGGCUCCAUCAGGAAGGUGGGCACGAACGAAAUCGAGGUUUUCGGACCUAUUCGAUUACUUCAACAAACCCCAAUGGCAAGAACUACUCCCGCCGCCUCUCCCAGCUCCCCAUCAAAAACCGUACACUCUCCUGCUGUCUAUGGAUGAUCUCAUUAUCACGUCAACGUGGGAUCGACAGCAAGGAUGGCGGACAGCUAAACGCCCUGGCGUUGAUUAUUUCCUUGCCUACCUGUCCCAGUUCUAUGAAAUUGUGAUAUUUACAACUCAGCACCAUUAUACCGCCAUGCCCAUAAUUGAGAAACUUGACCCAUAUAAUUUCUUUAUCACUUACAAACUUUUCCGUGAAGCCACACGAUCAGUGAACGGUAAAAUUGUCAAGGACUUAUCGUAUCUUAAUCGUGACCUCUCGAAAGUCAUCCUCCUUGAUACGCAUCCCGAACAUGUAAGUUCACAUCCCGACAACGCCAUUAUCGUCCCCAAAUGGACCGGUACACCCGGGGACAAGGGCUUGAUUGCCAUGAUCCCCUUCUUGGAGUCCAUCGCAAUUUACAAGACUCCAGACGUGCGGCCCAUCCUUCAAGCGUAUGCAGGGAAAGAUAUCCCAAUCGAAUACGCGGAGAAGGAAGCCGAGGCGAAGCAGAAGCAUAUCGAGGAGUGGAAGAGCAAGGCGCGUGGAUUAUCCAAGGGCGGGUUCACACUGAGUGGCAUGUUCGGUGGCGCGAGUGAACCCUCGCACUCGCCCAUUCCCUUGACUUACCUCGAGCAGAAGCGCCUUGAGGCACAGCGGCAGUAUAAAGAGGAGCAGGCAUACAUCGCGACCCACAAGGACGAGUUUGAACGGCUAUUGGAGGAGGACAGGCAGGCGAUGGCGCGGGAGAUGAGCGGAAGUUUGUGGGGCGUUUUGGAUGCAAUGGCGGGGAAGAAGGCAGAGGCAGAGGCUGCGUCGAAGGUGGAUGUGGAGGGAAAGAAGGUACAGGUGCAAUAAACGGAUUGUGGUGCACAUAACUAGACCGGAGUUAUUUACAUCUAGGUAUGCAUAUUGUUGUCGUCAUCAUUAUCUCCUCCUGCACUACACCGCUCACUUGAAUAUGAAUAUUCGCCAAAACUACAGUAUGCCCACUCAAGUAUUAC